CAGGGAGGCCUUCGGGUUUCUCCAAGCCGCGUGACCAUGACGUUAAAAAUGCCACUCCCGUGACGUCAGUGGGCUGAGGCGGAAGAAGAGCGUAGAGGAAAUAUCGAGGUGAAGCGACGGUGUUAGGUGUCUGCUCGAGUUGUAGGUUGACUCAUUUUCUGUCAGGAUGGAUCUAUUGUUUGGGCGCCGGAAGACCCCAGAGGAGAUGCUACGGCAAAAUCAGCGGGCUCUGAACCGUGCCAUGCGAGAAUUAGACCGUGAGCGGCAGAAGCUGGAGACCCAGGAAAAAAAGAUCAUUGCUGACAUCAAGAAAAUGGCCAAGCAAGGGCAGAUGGAUGCUGUGAAAAUCAUGGCUAAAGAUCUGGUGCGAACAAGGCGCUAUGUCAAGAAAUUCAUCAUGAUGAGGGCUAACAUCCAGGCUGUGUCCCUUAAGAUACAGACACUCAAAUCAAACAACUCCAUGGCUCAGGCAAUGAAAGGUGUCACCAAAGCCAUGGCUACCAUGAACAGACAGCUCAAGUUGCCUCAGAUUCAGAAGAUCAUGAUGGAGUUUGAAAAGCAGUCAGAGAUCAUGGAAAUGAAGGAAGAGAUGAUGAAUGAUGCCAUUGAUGAUGCGAUGGGAGAUGAAGAGGAUGAGGAGGAAAGCGAUGCUGUUGUCUCUCAGGUGUUGGAUGAGCUAGGUCUGACUUUGACCGAUGAGCUGUCAAAUUUGCCUUCCACGGGUGGUUCUCUGAGCGUGGCCGGAGGAAAGAAAGCUGAAGCCUCAGCAGCCCUUGCCGACGCAGAUGCCGAUUUGGAGGAGCGGUUAAAAAACCUACGGCGAGAUUAGAAGAGCAGUGCCCAGCUCCCUUGCCCUCCCCUAGCAUGGGUGCUCUUCAGCCACUCCUGGUGUUAGGAUUACAACUCUGCUAUGGCAGGGAGUUCUAGCUUUGCAAGCUUGUGUGGGGUUGACCUUGGGUGGCAUAAUUGGGGGAAAGAAGGGUUAAACCCAGCCACGUGGUGCUUUUAUAUUCCCCUUUAAUUUGAAAGGACUUUCAGCAUCACUUGGAAAAAGUAUACGGUAUUUUUUUUUUCUUUUUUCCCUACCAUGAAAAUGCUUUCAUUUCCAUGAGGCUGAAUAGCUUGGGAUCUAAAGGAAGUUUCCUUUUGAAGGGGUGGGGGGGAGAGCAGGAGUGGGUGACAUUCCCUACUCAAUACCCCAUGUUCUUUUGGUGAUGGUGGCAAGGUGGAGGGGGGCAAGAAGGGGGAACAACAGGUGAUACUUUGGCUGAUAUCCCUGCCAUUGAGAGUGGCCAAGGACUUUAUUAUUCUUUUCUCAGUAAAGCUUUAUAUAAAACCCUGCCCCUGGAGGCAGGCAGGCGGGCAGGCUGGCCUCCACGUUCGAUUCUUUGUCUCUUGUAAUAAAGAUUGUAGUUUAUACUAAGUUCCUCUGGCAUCUGCUCUUGCCCCUGAAAUGGAACAAAAUGAAAUUGUCCCCUAACCACUGUAGUUCUAAGUAUCCCAACACUGCACAUUUGUCUCUCUCUGUUGUGCAUUUGAAACUUUUGGAGCAGGGCAUGUUUUAUGUGAGAAAUGUAGGCAGAUUGCCAUGGUUCUAGACAUUUCCCUUUGAGUCUGGGAGUAUAUGAAGCAUUGUAAGUGUCUUCUUAUGCUCUACCUAUGUUUGAAACUAUGGGCCCAGUUAGUGACUUGUAGAUAAGAUAGAUGGGUUAAAGCAAAAGGAAGACUCCUACAAAUUUGAUUUGGAGCAGGGAGCACUGAGGAAAUAUCUACUUAAACAGUGCAAAAUUAAGCUGUGAGAUUCCGUUCAGCAGGAUAAAGUGAUAGCAUUGACCUUCGUUGCAAGGGGAUUUAUUUGUCCUCUAUAAAUUUGUAUGUUAAAUACAGCAGAUAUCCAGCAGACAUCAGAGGGAGAAAAGGGCUGAAAGAGAGGAAGAUUUCUCUUGAAUCCAGCCAAUGGGCAUGCCACAGGAAAUUGAAUGUAACCAGGUUGCUGGAUGAGAGGCUAUUUUGCUGCUCUAGCAUGGAUGCUUUUGGCUUACUAGAAUCCAAAAGAGGGUGUACACAGUUGUGCCAGGGAAUUAUUCAGAUGGAAUUGGGUAAGACCAGAAGAUGAAGGGAAUUUGUGAGGCCUGCUGAAUAUAUGACAUGUACCCGGGGGGGGGGGGGGGGAUAGACGAUCCCAACCUAGUUUCAUUCUAGAAAGCAAACAGGAAGGAGAAAUUUCUGGAAUCUCUUCCAUUUUUGCUCACUUGAUAUCUAUUGACUUUCUGCAAAUGAUCCAAGGAGGCUGAUUUUCAUUUUCCUUGUCUUUAUUUUUAAUUACUAUUUUUGGAAGAGGGAUACUUCUGAUUCUCAGGAUCCAAGGUGGAAUGUCAUCUGAGAUCUGAAUUGUUUGGAAGCGCAGUAUCCAGGAUGUCCCAGGGAUGGUGGAAGUGGUGAUUCUGAAGGAUGCCCGAUCAUGGGAUGGCUCCAGCAGGCUGUUUAAUGUAAAACUCUUCUGUGGAUUUAUUUUUCCUUGAGUGCUACUGCACAAAGCAAAUAUGGCAAAGGUGAGGGUCCCAAAAAUCUGGGAACAUUAUGCCAUUUAUGGAAAAUCAGAAGACUUCCAAAUGAAUAAAGAGCAAUGACUCAGUAAUUUAACAUGUCCAGUCAGAAUGAAAUACAGGGGCUUUAUUGAAGUUGGGAACUCCUUCUGUAGUGCCUGCUGAGAAUGAUGCAUCAGUGCUGAGCUUUCUGUUGGUUGAGCAUUCUUGAGUCCCUACGGGAAAGGAAACAUGGCUGGCUUUGGGUCCCAGUGAUUUGGAGACUGUAAAGAUAAUAGAAAAUCAUAGAGUAAUGUAGAUGUAUCUUCCCAUUGCUGUGGGAUAUAAUGCUUCUUCCCUUGGGCUAAGCCAUAGCUUUCCUGACAAAUGGGUGGGGUGGGGGAGAACUGCCAGCAAACAAUUGGAUUCACACUACAAACUAGGGUAAAAUGGAGUAUGGUGGCUUAUAAUCAGUAUAUCAGCAUAAUCAGUAUAUGGUGGGAAUCCAACCAUUGAUUUCCAGUGUUGUCCAAAUUGGGUCAUCACAUAAUACAUGUGGUUUAUUUGAACACAGCAACUGUAUUUGGUAACCAAAUUAUUUAGGAAGAAUAUUUCCUCCUAUAGUUUUGGGGGCCUCUUGUAUCAAUAUCUGAGCUUGGAUUAAAGAUUGCUAAUGUUUUCUCUUGCAGGAGCCAUAUGUCUUUACUACAUAUUGUCUUGCAUAAAUCUACUUGAUGAAGCUUUUGCCUCUCUUUUUAUCUUCCUGUGUAGAAAAUAUGUGUGGAGUCAAGCAAGUCUCCUGUGUUAAGAACUCCCCACUAGUGACAAUACUAUUUAUCUUCAGAAACUCCCUACUAACAGAGAUUCUCAUUCUUCCCACAAUCCCGAUAUUCCUAUCCAGUCUAUGGCUUGUUUUCCCUGUUAAGCACCCUGAUGAUAUGGAAGCUUGCAUUUAAGAAUGGAGUCAGGGGAUAAAAUUUUAUUGCAAUAACUGCUACACUUCUACAUGCCUUUUGUCUUUUAAAUAAAAUGAAAACAGUCAAAUUCUUUCCUCUAAGAUAAUACAAUUGCUGCACAUUCCCUCUUAGUAAAUUCCCCAUAGCCCAGCUAUUCUGUAUUGCAACUUGCCAUGUUCCCACUGAAUGCUGCCCUCAAUCCUUUUACCUCCGAAGUCCAAACAACAUAGGGACACUCACCUAGGGACCAUUUUUUAGAUCCGGGUGAGCUAUGCCCAGUGCCCGCAAGCAGGAAUGAUAUGUCUCCAGCAGCUCCUUGCAUGCCUCUUCUCCCUUUUCUUUAACACUGCAAAGGUAAAGAAGUGGUAAAGUAAUGAUAACAAUACUGCUGGUUUUUCUUACAAUUGAACAACAGCACAGAAACCUGGAGAUCUUCAAGCCCUCUCUGCAACUCUCGGAGGGUGACACUCCUGCCACACCCACAGUGAGGGUAGUGACUUGGUAGCUUCCAUUACCCCAAGACAGUCACAAGUGCCCACUUUAAAAUAAUAAUGAAAUCUUUUAUUGCAUCUUCCCAGAUUUUCUCAAGUUCUAUUCUUCUCCUGUUAUAGGUAUUGCUCAGUGACAUAAGGAUUAUAGCCCUUGAUAUAUAUAAUGUUCUCAAUAUGAAACUUAACAGAUUUUUUAAAAAUGAUUUUUUCCUUUCCUGAAGUACUUAUUUCUGCUUUCAAAAAAUAAUAAAUGCACCAGUCCAAUGUUUCAGUGUUUUUCACAUUCAUGGGUGAGCAGUUGCGUCCUAUAGUGGGAGGAAUCACAUUUGAACUGAAACAGAGAGGGGGAGGAUAACUUAUAUUUUGGUUUUUAUGUUGAUGAUGGUGGCCAUUGCAGAAGAGAGGAAUGUAUAUCAUGUAUUUACAACUUGAAGCUUUUGGACUGGUUCAGAGGUCCAGUCCAUUCAGAAGAAGCAAAAAGCCUUUAGAACCCUUGGAAUUUCUUCUGUGAAAUGGGACUUGAAACCAAUUCUGCAAUAACAGAACUCGGAUCGUAUAUGGUUCUAGAUAGGGAACAUAAUUUUUGUAUUUGUUGCAAGUUGUAUUCUGGCAGCAAGAUGGAGAUACAAAGAGACCCAUUAAAAAUAAAAACAAAGAUGAGGCC